AUGUUCAAAAAUUUCAAAGAGAAACACGCAUCGCUGUUUGAAUCCAAGCAAUCCAAUGCAUCCAACACGUCGGAAAGCGACCGCGGUCAAGAUCUAUCGUCGAUUUUAGAUAGGUCGCAGCGUGGAGACCUGACGGUCCUUGUUGCUGAAGCCGCUGAAUCGAUGCGAAUUGGCAUUCUCGAGCUUUUUGAAAGUAAAAAAGAGGAGUCUCCCAAUCGCUUCUCUCCGCGUCCAUCUCCACAAGAGCAGCCCCAUGAAGACCGCGAGGAAGAUACGCCGUCCCUGCCACCAAGGCCACAGCGCAAGCCUGUCCCCGGGGAAGCUGGUAGCCAGCGAACUGCUUCAACCAGUAAGCCAUUGAAACCUCAAGCCAAGGUCACUGUGCUCUCCUCUUUCGAGAACUGGAGAGACUCUGUUCUGCUGCGGGUUGGCCAAGUGGUCAAUAACGACAACGAUGACCAGCCAGACCAGCAAGGUCAAUCUGAAGUGCAGAAAGCUGCCAAAUCCGACGACAUUCCCUUGGACGAGGAUAAAGAUAGACUGCUGAAAUUACAAGAAAUCUACCACCCCGUGGAAACACCAUUGGCCGAACUUCCCAAAGCAACAAGAUUGCUCAUUCUGCAUUCUCUCCUACUUCUGCUCCUCAGUCUAGAACACUACAGCGCUUAUUCGCGAGUGUUGAUGGCGCACGUUGCGUCUAGUCUGAACAUAGAUAUCAAUGUGCUCAACCAGGACGAAGUAAAGGUCGCUCGCGGAUUACUAGCCACUGCUCUUGCACUUUCGGCAGACCAAAGUACCGGAGAAAAACCGAAGAAAAAUGAUGACAUGAGGAAAUGGAAGGUCGGCAUCGCGUCGGUGGCUGGAGCCGCUCUAAUCGGCCUGACGGGUGGACUUGCAGCGCCAUUGGUGGCUGCAGGCCUGGGAACCGUUCUGGGUGGAGUGGGUCUCGGCGCUACAGCCGCUGCCGGACUCCUCGGUACAUUGGCGGGAAGCAGCGUUGUUGUCGGAGGUCUUUUUGGCGCCUACGGUGGGCGCAUGACUGGUCGUAUGAUGGACAAGUACGCUCGUGAGAUUGACGAUUUCGCUUUCAUCCCCAUUCGAGGCGAGCGCCGCCGGAACCAAAAAGAGACAGAGUCCGCCAAACAGGAUCAUCGGUUGCGAGUCACUAUCGGUGUCACCGGUUGGGUCAAGGAGGAGUCGAACUUCGUGGUCCCAUGGCGGGUGAUUGGUGCUGACUCGGAAGUCUUUGCUCUUCGCUGGGAAAUGGAACCUUUGAUGAACUUAGGCAAUGCCAUAUCCGCACUUGUUACCAGCGCAGCAUGGUCGGUUGCCGGCCGUGAGGUCCUGGCACGUACCGUUUUCUCCACUCUCAUGAGCGCUGUCAUGCUUCCUCUUGGUCUGAUGAAGGUUGCAGGCGUUGUCGACAACCCAUUCAGCGUGGCCAAAUCUCGCGCUGAUAAAGCGGGCGAAGUACUCGCCGAUGCUCUGAUCAACAAAGCUCAGGGCGAACGACCAGUCACUUUAAUUGGCUACUCUCUGGGAUCUCGACUUAUCUUCUCUUGUCUUCAAAGCCUGGAAAAGAAAAACGCCUACGGCCUAAUCGAGUCUGUUAUUCUAAUGGGAUCGCCAACCCCGUCAAACAAGGAACCUUGGCAAAAGAUCCGCAGUGUCGUCAGCGGACGGGUUGUAAACGUGUACUCAGAGAACGACUCUGUGCUCGCGUUCCUCUACCGUACCAGCAGCAUGCAGCUUGGUGUCGCCGGAUUGCAAGCAGUGGAAGGUGUCCCCGGCAUUGAAAACGUCAACGUGAGCGAGAUGAUCAGCGGCCACCUACGGUACCAGUAUCUGCUCGGAAAGAUCCUUACCCUUACUGGGUUGCAAGAUCUCGAUGCCAGUGAAAUCGAGCGCGAAGAAGCCGCUCUUGCUGUGGAGGAUGAGCAACAGGAAAAGCAACGUUUGCAGAAUCAGAAAGAAGCUGGCGUCAAAGACCCAGAGUCAUCUGAUGCCCAAGAGAUUUUGAAUAGCAAGGAAGGUUUUGGUGAGGAUUCACGGUUGCAGAAACAGGUUGAGGCGCAGACGCAAGAAAACAUGGCCAGCCAUCGGAUUGAAAUGCUUGAUCUGGACGAUGAUGACUACUCGACGCCUUUGAAGGAGGAUCCUUCGAAGCACUCUGCUCUCUAG